AUGAGUCCCUAUCGUGAGGCAGUUUCGAUCUUUGUGGGGCAAGCUGGAACACAAAUUUCAAAUGCUUGCUGGGAAUUGCUUUGUCUCGAGCAUGGAAUUAGACCCGAUGGGUUUCUCUAUAAAGGAUUUAGACCAUCGGAUGAUUUAUACUGCUCAUUUUUCUCACCGUCGGAGACAGGGAAGUUCACACCGCGCACUGUGGUGAUCGACUUAGAACCAACAGUGAUCGACGAGAUCAAGACUGGCUCUUACAGAAACCUCUUCGGUCCAGGAUGUUUGAUCGCGGGCAAGGAAGAUGCUGCGAACAACUUCGCCAAGGGUUACUACUCGAUCGGUCGCGAGGCGAUUGACGUCACGUUAGAUCGCAUUCGCGUAACGUGCGAAGACUGCUCGAAUUUGAGUGGUUUUAUACUCUGUAGAUCGUGCGGCGGUGGCACUGGCAGCGGCUUUACGACCUUGUUGUUAGAAAAUCUCGGCGAAGAUUACGCUAAAAAGACCAAGUUAGACUUUGCUGUUCAUACCGCCCCGAACAUUUCUACCGCGAUCGUGGAGCCUUACAAUUCUAUUUUCGCUACACACGGCGCAUUGGAUUACGAAGAUUGCUGUUUCUUAGUAGAUAACGAAGCUUUGUACGACAUAUGCGCUAGGUGCGGUGAUUAGUGUGCCUCUCGGUUAAUAAUAAAACUGCAAUGAGUGUCGUUUAGAUAAACUAUGUUGUCACGUUACAAGGCUUAUUGAGCGU